GGGGAAGGGAAGUCGAGGGAGCAGCGUUCCUGGUAGGAUCGGAUCGGUUUCUUGGAGCUGAAAAAGAAUGAUGGAAUUGAUUUCGUAGGGCCGCUGGGCUUGGCCACCGUGAAGUCCAAGCCAGUUUAACUGUCCCCAUGAAUUCUCCUGUGGAGGAUGUCCAUGAUCCUCUUUGCCUGCGUGGUGCGGGUGAGGGAUGGACUUCCGCUCUCUGCCUCCACGGACUUCCACCUAGACCAGGACUACUUGGAAUGCAGGAAGAGACUCAAGGCCUUGUCAUCCCUUCUGACACAGUAUCCAGAUCGGGGUACAGCCCAAGAACGUGACCUCAGUAUACACUUCCAUUCUUCUGGAGACAUUGCCUGCAUGGGCAUAUGUACCAGCAGUUACCCAGCUGUCAUGGUGUUCUGUUUCCUGGAAGAGCUCCACUGGGAAUUCAUCGCUUCCUACGAUGCUACAAGUGUGGGCUUGGCUUCCAGACCAUAUGCCUUUCUCGAGUUUGACAAUGUCAUUCAGAAAGUCAAAAACCGUUUCAAUUACACAAACUGUGCUCAGACCAAGUUCAACUUGGAAAAAAUCAAAGAAGAGCUUCGCUUGCAGCCUCCUGCGCUGGUGACGUUGGACGAUGUGGAGCUGAGGAACGGGAUGGUUAAUGGACAUGUGGAGCUCCAUGUGGAAUCUGCCCCUGCUCAGAGAAUGCAACCUGUGUCUGCCUUGGGCAUCUUGUCCCUUGUCCUCAACAUCAUGUGUGGGGCGCUGAAUCUCAUUCGAGGCGUUCAUCUCGCAGAAUAUUCUUUUCAGGAAGAUCACAAGGGAAUUGGAAAUGUAAUUGCAUUCCUCCUACCUUUUGUAGCCUGCUUUGUUUUGUGCUACCUUUACCUGUUCUACAGUUCAGCAAGGAAGAUCAAGGUCUUUGUACUGUUUGUCACGGUCUGUCUAUGCAACAUCUACCUGUAUGGAUUAAGGAACAUCUGGCAGAUCCUUUUCCACAUAGGCGUGGCUUCUCUUUCCUCACAUCAGAUACUGACACGGCAAGUUGUGGAGAAACAGCCGGACUUUGGAGUAUGAACAUAACUCUGGGGUUCCUUCUGUGGUUUUUGGGGUUUUUUUAAAAACAACUUUUGCUAGGGGGUAUUUAAUGCUGGUCAAAAAUAGCUUAGGUAAUAGGGUGGGGUUUUUAGCAGUGGUUCUCCCAAGGGUGUAGAUGGUGGCAUGAAUAGUCAUAGAUUCAUUGGGCUGGAAGAGGCGAGAAGGUUGGCUUGAGGCAGGAUCCUCUACACCAGAGUAGGCAGCUAUGGCUCUCCAGCUGUUGCUGAACUACCACUCCCAUCAUCCCCAGCCUCUGUGGCUGGGGAUGAUGGGAGUUGUAGUUCAGCGACACCUGAAGAGCCAAGGUUGCCCACCCCUGCUCAGCCUAUCAGUCCUGUGCAGAUUAAUCCAGAGGAUGGUCUGAAGAUCGCUUGAAACAAAGCAGAUCUGGGCCCCAGCAGUCCUACAGAGGGAGACCUUGUGGGGGUUUCCUGUCUGCUUCUUUGGGUUUUGAGCAGGCUGCAGCUGUCACCAGCCGGAAACAUCCAACCUGGACCGUGGCAUUUCCAAGCAGAGAGCAGACUACGAGACAUAGGCUGCGUGGGAUGACACCAGCGGGUCAACUCGCAUCACACUACUGGGGGAGAUGAAAAAAGGCUCGACAGUGCUGGUCCAUGCUGCGUGCAUUCUGAAACCUGUGAGAAGGAAACCCUAGAAAUGUGCACCAGCUGAUCAAACAUCCCAGAGUUCCUUGGGUCCCCAGAUGUUGUUGGACUACAGCUCCCAUCAUCCUCAGCCGCAAUGGCUGGCAUAGCAAGGAUCACAUGGUCUCCACCUGGCCUCAGCACACCCCAGUAGUCUCCUUGAAUUGCUCUUCAAGUCAGCACACACUCUGCAGAAUUGCGUGGUACACCCCUUGUAUUGGGGCCACUUUAGACUGCAGGUAAGGGGUUCCUCUCCUCCUGAGUUCUCUGCACAUAGAGGACAUUCUCUGCAUGUAGUGGGGGAAAGUUCUAGCCCUCUCCCUGACAUUAGAAGCUCACCCUCCCUCCCUCCAGGGGAGAAUUCAAAUGUGCAGAUUCCCCUCUGCUCUCUGCAGUGGUACUUUCCAGCAAGGCCAGUGCGGCAUGGUUCUGCUUGAUGUUUAGCUCAGCUCUCCAUGAUUGCAACGGUUGCACAUGUCUUUCCAACGUGUAAAAUUAGAAGAUAGUCUUCGAUUGUGUGGAUCGAGCAGGAAAAGGAGCCCUAAACCCAGGCUGUGCGAACAUCUCUCAAUUGGGUUGGUCUAGAUCAGACCUGCUCAACUUAGGCCCCCCAGCUGUUUUUGGACUACAGCUCCCAUAAUCCCCAGACACAGUGGCCAAUAGCCAGGGAUUAUGGGAGUUGUAGGCGAACAUCUGCCGGAGGACUGAAGUCGAGCAGCGCUGCUCUAGAUCCUCAGGUAGCAAAUACUAGCAGUGUGGAUGGAUAGAAACUGAAUGCAAGGGAUCUGGGGGGAAGAUGCUGGCCCCGGAGAGGCUGCCUCCGUUCCCAGACAGGUUCCCAGAAGUCCCUGCUCUGCAGCAUGGGCCCUUCACGAGGUGGUGUCCAUGGCAUGGAGCAUCUCCCACCCUCAGAUUCCAGCAUUUCUAAGCCAUGAGUAGGAUUAAGGGAGCCUUCUGCGGGUUUAUAGCAAAGGUCGAUCUAAACGGUAGCUGAUGCCUAAUAACUGUGGUAGCUGGGGAGUGUCUGAUACCAAUGAUAAGGCAAGGUUUGUGUGCUUUAAGCUAAUCGUAAUGGAUAAGCUGCGGACAAACCCUAGGUACGGGUUAGAAGUCCCUGGGGGGAGUUUCCUCUCUCCCCCAAUCAGCAGCUAGAGGUGCAACAGUCGAAUUGAGAGCACCAUGCUGACCCUGAACUUCAGCGGGCAAUUUGCAUGCUAGCUGUGCUCUCCUUGUGUCAACUUUCCACACAUGCACACAGCCACAGAUUUGCCGUGCAAAUCUGCCGUGGGGGAAACGCCAUGAACUGAACACCAGACAUGAAGGCUGUUGUCACAAGCAGCCUAAUCCAGGCUCGGGCAGCCCAGCCUGGGUAACUUCGGCUGCUCAUGUGCAGCACUGGGACCUGUGUGGGUCCCGGCACUGCCCGCCCACCUGACCCAGCUUUUAACCCCAGCCUUUUACCAAGGUUAAGGGCGCGGGUGCACCCUUGACCUCGGUUCCGAGGUUGUGUGAGGGAGGGGCACCUUCUGGGAUUCCCCUGUGCCUGUCGGAUGUUGCAAGGGUUGCGUUAGGGAAUUGGCGUACAUCCUUUCUGGGGAUGAUGCAGCUCUAGGUGCCCACACAGAGAUGGACACCCAGAGCACCCUUCACAUGGGGUAUCCCCCAAUGCACUGUGCUCAUUGCAGAGUGCAUUGAGCGAUACGUGGAGGCUGGGAUGCAUCGUUCCGGCCUCCAGAGGUCUGCGCUGCUUGGAGCACACGGACCGUUUGGGAGAGCCCGCUUUCCCUGCCCCAUUAUCAUCAUGUGUAUAGCCUUAGGAUGUGGCUGACAAGAAUCAGAGAACCCUAAAUGAGUAGAAUCCCAGUUUUCAUUUUUUUUAAAUAAAAUAAAGUUUCCAGUCCUCAUUGAUCAGGAAGUAGGGGGGCUGAGAUGGGCUUCAGUCUCCACUUCCACUGCCUGCCAAUACCUCAUGGUCCAUUCCCCCCCCGCUUCAUAUUGCACUAUUUUGCAACAGAGUACCUAGACUUGUCAUUAUGAGAACUGCCUCUAACACAGGCUGUUCCCAUCCACCAUCAGCCCAAGUGGUAUUGGUGUCAUUUUUUUAGAGGGGAAAAAAUCAUUAAAAUGUAUUCUAGCAAAGGAGUAUUUUCAGAAUUGGCCAUUUGCAGAACAUUAUCAGCAAAAACUACUUGGCCGCCUACUCCAAGUGAGCUGACACCUCCAAAGGGCUGCAUGGGUUUGCCUUCCCUGCCGCCCGUGUUCCCUCUGACAGGGAUUCCCAGAUGCUGCGGACUACAAUUCCCAGAAAACCCAAGCAAAAGCCAUUGCAGCUGGGGAUUCUGGGAGCUGUAGUCGACAACAGCUGGGAAUCCCUGUUAGAAGGAACUCUGCCUGCCGCUCCUUGCCCGUCUGUGUCGCAGCUCAAAUGAGUGAAAAUGCCUCUUACCAUACAUUGGUAUCUCCUUUCUACACCAAGGAGCUCUUGUGUGUCCUCUGCUUGCUGCCCCUGCUUGGACCACUUGUGCCAAACCGGUGAAACCCCCCCCUCCAGUCGACGAUCGAACUAACGAACCGGCCCUGGUUUGAGGUGAAUCAGUGUGGUCCAAACCGUUUGUGCGCACCCCUACCAGAUGGAGAGCAGGGGCUUCUGGGGCCUGGCUGCAGCAUAGACUUGCCUGCCUUCCAGCCUGCCUCUUCUGCAUUGCACAGCUUCCUGAUUAAGCAGACGAGAGGCCAAACCACAAAACAGCUGCUUUGUGCACUAGAGUGACACUGGCUGAGUCCUCACUGGUGCCAAGCCUGUACCUGGGCUGUACCACUUGAUACGACAGGUGUGGACCCACAUGACUGCUCCGUCCGAGAAAGAAUUCCCUGCAUGUAGGGGAUGUUAGGGAGAAGGGUUCCAGCCUCGCUCUUUUCCUGGCAUCUCCUUCUAUGCAUGCUGGGAAUAGUGUUGGUCAUAGGAGAAGUAUUCAGUUACGUGGAUUUCCACCUGCAGUUUGAAGUGGCACAGUGUGGAUAUAGGGUUGCCACCUCAGCAAGAACUAUUUAUUAUUAUUAUUUUAUUAUUUACAUUUUACAUCCUGCUUUUCCUCCAAGGAGCCCAGAGCGGUGUACUACAUACUUAGGUUUCUCCUCACAACAACCCUGUGAGGUAGGCUAGGCUGAGAGAGAAGUGACGGGCCCAGAGUCACCCAGCAAGUUUCAUGGCUGAAUGGGGAUUUGAACUCGGGUCUCCCCGGUCCUUGUCCAGCACUCUAAGCACUACACCACGCUGGCUCUCCGAGUAGAAGACUAAGCCACAGUCUUAUACUUUGGACUUCUGACAUGCACUGCAAAGGUUACUCCCUCCCACACUCUGAUAUAAGCUCUCCCUUGGCUCUUAAAAGAAUCUGUGAUAAGUUAAUAUUAAGGAAAGCCGUCUUCCCCCUCCCCGUGAUGGAGAGCAGAGCUGGCUCACUCUCAGUCGCAGAUGCCCAAAUUGCAGCUGCUUGGUGUGUGUGUGUGGGGAGGGGUUCUUUUUCUUUUUUGGUGAUCCAAGUUUAACUUCUGAGCAUGCACUUUUGAAAGUAGUAACUAGAACCACACCUCUCUCCGCCUCUGCUGCAUUGUAUAUUCUGGUACUUAAUAUGUGGAAAUAUAUAUAAUAUAUAUAUAUGCCAGCGUUUACCAUUUGUGAACCUUUUGAUAACUUUUGGGAAAAGCUUUUUGAGUAACAUUUUGAUGCAGAUUUUCUCAAGAGACCCGUCGGAUUGAGAAGUUACGGAUACCCUCCCAUGCGAUCCUUUGGAUCUACAGUGACACAUUCAAUUGUGCCAUCACGAGACAUCGCACAAGCCAUCCUUGUUGCAUGGAUUUGUCCCUCACAGAGGAUUUCUGUUCUCUCUUGGCUGUGGGAAGCUUUUGGGUUGGGUUUUUGGUGGGGUUUUUUGGUCUUCAGCCAGCCUGAAAUGAAAACGGAGGAGAUUCACUGUUCCCUAAAAUCUCAUGGUGAUGCAUACUGAGAUUUCAUUGCUAAUCUAACUGCUAAUAUCCACCUCAUGGUAUGCAUUUGGUAUGUGUCUGCACCUUUUUAUAAAAUGGAAGUUGUUUAAAACUCUGCCUCUGAUCCUUGACAAACAUUAAGGGGGGGCACUUAAUUAAUUAAACACUUAAGAAAAAAGACCACUUGCUGCAGUCUUCUUGGGACCAGUUCAUUAUGCAGAAGGGCACUGCCCUUUUGAAUGCCCCAGUACAAAAAUUCCCUGCUCGUUCGAAUGCUAGCAUGUUAGACAGAAUUUCCCUGACCUGCUACCUUUUCAUAAGCAGGGGAUCUUUUGUGUGGCAGAGCAUUUGUACGGCUAAAAGAUGGGCCCCUCUGGAUCUGGUCUAUCUAGUCCUGCCUCCUGUUUCCCACGGUGGCCAACCAUAUGUCCCAGGGAGGCCCAGAAGUGAGCCACGUAGGCAAACAGCCCUCUCCCACAGUUGCUUCCUGAUAUCUCAGGGCUUCACAGACUUGGGUCCCCAGCUGUUGUUGGACUACAGCUCCCAUCAUCCUCAGCUCCACUGGCCAAUGACAUUGGAGCUGGGGCUGAUGGGAGUUGUAGUCCAACAACAGUGGAGGACCCAAGAUUGAGAAGCCCUAAAGCAACUAUUAUUCCCAGUAGUAUGCCUUGGAACCUAGCUUGCAAAUUGUAUCUCUCGCUUGGAAAUAGCUCUUACUUGAAAAUCAGAGUCAUUGAAAUAAAUUGGACUUGACUUUCCAAGGCAAUGGAUCUGGGUUUUUGCUGGCCACUGUGCCAAUCCUCAUGCAAAGUUCCACUCACCAACAUGGCAGGGGAAGCAAUCAAAGGCUCAUGUGCAGAACAAAACGGCAGUUUGGGUGCCUUUUAUGUCCCUGGUUUAGUUUAGUGUUAAAAAUGCAGAGCUAGCAGCUGAAGACACUCCUGUGAGGCCGCUCCUUGGGGUGGGCUUUUCUCAAGCUGCCAUAACACAGCCUGACAUUUAUGAGGGUGACUCCUGCCAUGCAGAGAGGGCACAUUUGCAGCCUUGUUUGUCCUCUUCUCAAUAAUCCCAGUCUGGUUAGGUUCCUCCUUUGUAUUUUGCAGAUGAGAAACUGAGGCUAAGAGAACGAUCUGCCCAGAGCAAGGCUUUGAGGCAUAGUUCCCCAUGCUCAAGACCACACUAUCCUCCUCAACUACCCUGGUCACUUAAAAAAAAUAAAUUGGUAUUGCAUCUUUUAAUGGAGCAGGACGAUGUUUGAUGUAUUUAUUUCAAGUCUUUCUGAGAGUUUUUUUUUAAAAGCAUUGUCUGCUGCUCUGAUGGGGAAAUUCAUUCUACUCUACUGCAAGAAGGCUUCGGCAGAAUGGAAAUUUGGGCCUAGAUCGUACGAAGAUGGUACAUCUGUGUCUGGGCUGUGCCGUAUUGGAUUGCAGGCAGGCUCUCUGAAUGCUACUCUGUACCAAGGAAUUCCCUGCAUGUAAAAAAUCACUAUAUCAAGGAAGAGGCUAGGCUAAAGCCCUAUUCCCUGGCAUAGCUUUCCAUGUGAAGGGAUUUUCUUUCUGUUACUGAGUGUUUGUUGCUACCAACUGUCUGAAGUUGUAUAGCUCAGGCAUACGUGUAUCCCUGCAGUGAGAAUUAGUGUUUGGACUAUAUCCUAAUGUCCAUGUGACAUAGCCUGGCUGCUCUUGGGCCAUAAACCCUCUAUUUCCCCCUCAAAUUGGACUGAAGACCAAAACAAAUUGGUAAGGGAGCUCAGUCAGCUUUGUCGAAAAAAGGCAGAGUUGAGGUUAUGUUGUGAACACAGAUUGCAGGAUUAUCUCUGCUUUAGUGCUACUUUGUGGUCUGGAAAAUCUGUCUCGCACCUGCCCAAUUUCCGCUUCCUCAUCCUUCAUCUUGGUUUUCCUUCCAGAUAAAAGCCAACACGUUUGUUCAGAGCAAACAGUGCUACAGCUGGAGAGAUUGCUGGAGAUAUUAGCCAUAUCAGGCUCCUGCAUGCACCCCCCACCCUUUAAAAAAAAUUAAUUUUUAAACCAAAGAUAUUCCCAACUCUUUUUGGAAAGGGGGCAUUGGUUUUUUGGAGGGAAACAUUUUUGCACUGUAUGAAGAAGACUGACCUUGUGUUGAUUUCUGUAAAGUCAUUUUUGCAUGAGUGUAUAAUAUGUAUAUAACGAACAGACCAUUAGAGCAAAAGAAUAAAUGACAUUUUUUGUA